AUGAUGAGAUUCCUCGUCUGCCUCAUUGUCAGCCCUAUGCUUCAAGGAAAGGCAAACACUUUCGCCAUCAAUUGCGGCUUUGACCAGCAUGGGGUAGACCCUGCUGUCUUCCAGGCUAUAUUUAACCAGAAGGACUUCUGUCCAGUCAUCAACUAUAGCAUCUCCACUCACGUCAACAUCUCCCUCACCCUGUCUGCCACCCUGGAAGCGUAUGCACAACUUCAGCUGCGGACGUCAUUUCUGUGGUUAAAGUUGGUAUUUGGAAGCCCCUAAAUAACUGGGUCACCAGAAGAAUGUGGUGAUAUCAACAAACUCACUGUGACAGCUGAGAACAUGUGGCUCCCAGACAUCUUCAUUGUGGAAUCCAUGGAUGUGGAUCAGACCCCGGAUGGCCUCUCUACAUAUGUGAUGAUUGACGGUCACAUUGCAUAUAACAAACCAAUGUGGGUGACCAGCAUCUGCAGCCUGGACAUCUUCUACUUUCCUUUUGACCAACAGAACUACAUGCUCACCUUCAGCUCUUUCCUCUACACAGUGGAAAACAUGUUGCUGGGCAUGGACAAGGAAGUGUGGGAGAUAACGGACACCUCGCGUGACACUGGCCACACACAAGGGGAGUGGGAGCUCCUGUGUAUCUACAAGGCCACCCCGAAGAUGUCUGUGGGCUCCAGUUUUUUUGACCAGAUCAUGUUCUGUGUGGCCAUAAGGCACAGGCCCACCCUCUACGCUAUCAACUUUCUGGUGCCCAAUAGUUUUCUGAUGGCCAUCGACACCCUCAGCUUCUUCCUGCCAGCAGAAACUGGGAACUGUGCCCCAUUCAAGAUGACACUUCUGCUGGGCUACAACAUCUUCCUGUCCACGAUGAGCAACUUACUCCCUGCCAGUGGCACCUCCCUCCUCAGUAUGGUCCCCAUCCCACUUGUCUACUUUGUCCUGUAUCUGUCGCUGAUGGUGGUCAGCCUGCUGGAGACCAUCUUCAUCACCUACCUGCUGCACCUGGCCACCACCCAGCCCCCACCCAUGCCUCGCUGGCUCCAUUCCCUGCUUAUGCGCUGCACCAGCCCAAGGAAGUGCUGCCCCAUUGCUCUCUGGAAGGAGAAUGUGAGCCUUGGCCUCACACCCAUCCACCUGCCUGGACAGAAGGAGCCGGGGGAGCUAGGCGGGAAGGAGCUGGGAUCCAGAGAGGCAGAGCCGAAUGGGGGCUCAGGACUGACAAGGGCCCAACUAGCUGACUGGUGGAUGCAGUUCAGCCGCCUGAUGGACACCCUGCUCUUCCGCCUCUACCUGCUCUUCCUGGCCACCUCCAUCACCACGGUCAUCGUCAUCCGUAACACCUAGCAGUAGAGUUCUAACAGUGCAAGAACACUCGGUGUUCAGGUUUCCUCAGCUU